UGCUGUGUUCUUUAACUUAUCAACAUGGACAUGUGUAGAUAAGAUUAGAGAGAAAUGAGGACUAUUAGGCCAGUUUUUGUUUUAAGAAGACUUUCUAAUGGUCCAUUCAAUGAUUCCGCCCAUCAUGGCCGACAGAUGCAGGCGGGCUUUGCAAAACAACGAUGUGCUCUGCAGAGCGGCUUCUUCGAGAAGUCUUUCAAUCGGAUAUUUGAGCGUGAGGCUUUGAGCGACCCGCUGAAACUAGCCCGACAGAACCGCAUCCAGCAGGCAAAGAAAAACCUGGGAAAGGCCUUCCUGCCUUCCAGCAGCAUCAAGAAACCCUGUGGUUCAGGUAGUUACUAUGGGGCUCUAUCAGGACCAGUUGAAGCCAUGAGUCCGCUGAAAGUCCCUCGAAAAGCCCAUCCUUCACCCGGACGUAAUAUCCUCACCUCUCCCGCUAAAAAAGGCAGCGGUUACAGCUACCCCAAUGUGACGCUGUCUAAAAUGGAGCUGUAUGCCUCUGACCCCUACGGCAGAGACAAAGAAGCACUAAAGAGGGAGGCAGCCAUCCAUCGCUCCAAGUUAAGAGACGGUCCAUUUAGGAUCAACCUUCACCCGAAAGAUUAUUUCCAACACAACCCAUACCGCAGUGACAAGCCCCUACCACCAGCCCACAAGCCUCCCCCACCGGCAAAGAAAGUCUCUCCAAUUCCCUUCAAGCCCCCCUCCCCCUGCAAAAAGGCUGGAGGAAUGAAGGCGGGGACAUUUGACUCUUAUCCCACUCAUUCUGCUGAUCCAUAUGUCAUUCGCCGCUCAAAACCCACCAAUCAGGGGCCAGUUUUCCAUCCUGCACCUGGCCCUAAGACUGCACCUGUGAAGAGUAUCAUCAGUGUCAAUGUUAACAGGAGUGUGCACUCAUCAAACUACACUACAGCUGUUCCAACCGUGAUGACCCUCCGAUAACUUGAUCCAUGAAGCUACACAAGUGUUACCUUCCUUCAUAGUAUUAACGUUUAUUCCAAACCUCAGGGGGGCAGAGCUUUGGAAACAGUGUAGAAAGCAUCUGUCCUCUCUAUGUCUUUAUUAUGUUAUUGGUCUUACUGAUAAAGCAUCAAAUUGUAUUCUUUUUCUUUCCAUCAUGUAAAAUAUUCCAGUGACACUUUAUGUAAGAGACAAAUAAAUGAUUAGUUUAACUUUG